AUGUCUUCGAACGCCUCGGAGAGAUCCCAGCAGAAAACCUCGACGCUGGAAAACAGGCUCGGCGAAAGGGGAAAGGUGUACAGAUCGAAGGGAUGGAAAAUGUGGUUCAACAAAUUGCCUGCUGGAUCCAAACGGAACCUGGCCGACCUUGAACACGCCUUCAACACUCGCUUUAUCACCAGUAAUAGGACGGCCAAGGAGCCUGAAUCCUUGUCCCAAAUGAGGAAGCUCCCAAAUGAAACACUCAGACACUACGCCGAGCGGUACUGGCAACUUUUCAAUGAAACUCCUGGAAUUGAUGAGUACUGGGCCGCACGCACCUUCAAAAAUGGAUUGGAAUCUGGCAGUAAGAUACUAGACGAAUUGGCUAUUCGACCUCCACACGACAUGGGAGAGUUGAUGCGUGUAGUGGAGCGCUUUUGUGCUAUCGAAGAGUUCUACGCAGACCGAGCAGCCCAGGGGAUUCCCAAUUCAGCCACCUUCCUACCUACGGCGACCACUCAGCUACCGACAGCAAUGUCGACCCAGCAACCCCAGCCGAAGAAACAUGUCAACAACAUCAAGGAGGGGAAAAAACAUCAACCAAAAGUGCACGACUACGUGGUUGAAACCACCCACUUUAAAGAACCCAUUUGGUCUUUUUUAAAGGAGAUCAUGAGGCAACCAUGGUUCUAG